GGGCAGGGGGGGUCAAUAUGGCGCUACACUAUACACCAUGACUACAACCCCCCCCCCCUUCCCCAGCCUAUCAAAGUAUAUUUUUUGUAAUAAUAAAAAUACUACAACUCUACGACUCCAACUCAAUAUCGAAUUGCAAGCAUCGUAUAUAUAAAUAAAAUACAUGUAGGUAUAAAAUCCAAAUCAGGUCUGUCGUCUUAGGUGGAUAUUCAGUAUUUGUAGCCAUAACCUUUAAAGGAAAAAAAGGUUUAUAAGUCCUACAUUAUUUUACAUUUGGUAUAAGUACGUUGCAAAACGUAUAUAGGUAUACAUAUACAGAUCAUCACUAAAUGGGUAAAAACCAAAUUUUUUUGAUGAAUCCAUUAUUCUUCUUUCUUGAGUAAACGCAACAAGGAAAAUAUUAAAGCUACUCUGAAAAGAGAGAAAAUAAUUGCUUCCAAACAAAUAAAUUAUUGUACCGAUUUGUAAUAACCUUGAGCACAUAUUACAGAGAUGUGUAUUCAAGAACUAAAUUCAAUCAAAUCAACUUAAAAUAAACAUUAUGGGAUCUGAAGAUACAACAGCAUCUGAAUAUGCUUUGCAAGUAGCAUUUCAAACAAUGAAAGAACGAUGUCAACUAUUGCAGGCUAGAUUAGUCAUUGUGGAAGAAGAAAAUAUUUCUUUACGACUGAAAUAUGAAAACAAUCAAUCAGUUGAUCCAGUUAAAAUAAAUGGAAUCAAUGAAAACAGUAUUAUUUUAAGACAUCAGGAACAUAUUGAAGAAUUGAAAAAAGAAAAGUCACAACUUGAGCAUCAUAUUUUUAUGGUUGCAUCUGAAAAUCAAAAAUUAUGGAAUAGACUAACUCAAUUAACUCGAACCAAUAAAUCAUUAGGAAAUCAAUUAACAAAGAUUUCUGAUACAUUGAAGCAGCAUCCAAAAACAGAAAUACCUGCUGCAUUAACAUACAGUUUUAAAGAAAUUCCAGGAUUUAAAACUAAAAAAAAUGGUAAAUUUAUUUUACCUGAUGGUGAUGAGGGUUUGUACAACCUAACAAUACUUCCAAACAAUGAUUUACAUAAUAUUAAUAUUCAAUUUUUUUUAGAUAAAGAGCAUAGCUCAGAAGAAGUUUCGUUAAGAUUAAUUAACAGUAUUAUGGUCGAAAAGUCUGAAUUAGAACUACAAUAUGCUGAAAUGACUGAACUCCAAACAAAUACUGAAAUGAAUUUGAAGAAUAUUGGGUUUGCAUACCCCGAAGACAUCAGUGCAGAUUCAUUAGAACAAUUAAAGUACCAUGACACAAAACUUGCACAAAUUAAGAAAGCACUUUUAUCUCAACAAAUCAAAUUAAAACUUAUUGUUGACAAUUUGAAGAAAACAAAGAAAAAUGAAACUUGCAAUAACUGUAAAAAUAGCAUAGCAAAAGUAAUGCGUCAAACUGGAACUCAGUUUGAUUCUAAUUCUAGUUUAAGAGACAAUAAUGCUACACAAACCAGCCUUUCUAGCCCAAGCACUUUGCCCAAUAAGAAAAUUCAAACAACGGAAGAUAACAAUAUUUGUCCUCUUUGCGGUGUUGUUUAUAGCAUGUCGGUUUCAUUUGAUUUGUUUCAUGAACAUGUUGUUAAUCAUUUUACCAAAGAUGUUUCUGAUGAUUUUGGAAUAGUGGAAUAGUAUCUAAUUCUUCAUGAUUAAAAAUUAAAAUUUACUUUAUUUAUUUUUAAAAUAAUCCUAAAUGUAGUAACUAUAAUUAUUAUAUUCCAGCUAAAGUCCAUUUUAUAGAUCGAUAAAGUUACUCCAGCAAAUUAGUGCAAACAUAGUUUUGUAAAUAGUUGAAUUAAUUAGAAAUUAAUGCAAUAUGAUAUGUGUGAUAACAGCCACAUUAGUACAUACAUACGUUUUAGUGAAUGAAUUCAUUACAAAUUGUAAAAAUUAUUUCAAUAACCCGUUUUUUGUAUAACGAUCUAAAAUAAUUAUUUAUAUUAUAAAAGUAAUUUGUUCCAUUUUUUACAAUUCUGUAUGCAUUAUAUUUGUGGAAUCUCACAUUUAAUAAAAAAUUAUUCAAGAAAAUGAAUAUCUUCAUAGCUUCAUACAAAGCACUUUGAGUAAAAUGUAAUACAAUAAAAAUAAAGGCAAAGAUUAUUUUUCAUUACUCUUUCAUUUUUACACAAAACAAAGAAACAGCACUAAUCCUAUGGGCAACUUAGAUAUUAAAUUUUCAUCAAACAGACUUCAGAAUAUAAAAUUAAUGAAAAAAUGUUCAAAUAACUAUUUUUAUUAUAUUGUAAACAGUAAAAAUUAAAAUAAAAUUAUAUAUUUUAUGCUAAA